AUGGAAAAUUCUCCUUCGUCUCCACAAUACUCACCUUCAUCUCCUAUCUAUACACCAUCAUCAUCGUCGUAUUCGCCGCCGCCAUCACCCGAAUACUCACCAGAAUCACCUUUAUACAUUCCUUCAACUCCAGAAUACUCACCACAUUCCCUUGAAGAUUACUUACGUGAUUCACCACCCCCAUACAUGUCUCCUGAAUACUCUCCGCAAUCGCGGUACUAUACACCUUUGUCUCCUGAGUACUCGCCACAAUCGCCAUUCUGUCGUACACCUGAGUACAUGCCAGAUGAGUACUCGCCUCAAUCGCCAUACUAUACACCGAUAUCUCUUGAGUACUCGCCGCAAUCACCAUACUAUACACCUUUGUCUCGUGAGUACACGCCAGAGUCUCCUGAGUACUCCCCUCAAUCGCCAUACUAUACACAUAUGUCUCCUGAGUACUCGCCUCAAUCGCCAUACUAUACACUGUUGUCUCCUGAGUACACGCCAGAUGAGUACUCGCCUCAAUCGCCAUACUAUACAGCAAUGUCUGCAGAGUACUCGCCUCAAUCGCCAUACUAUACAGCAAUGUCUGCAGAGUACUCGCCUCAAUCGCCAUACUAUACAGCAAUGUCUGCAGAGUACUCGCCUCAAUCGCCAUACUAUACAGCAAUGUCUCCAGAGUACUCGCCGCAAUCGCCAUACUAUACAUUGUUUAUACUAUACAUCGUUAGAAUUAUCCCCUGA